AUGCUUGCUCAUUCUGUACAACGCGGUGGUCGCCAUCCAAUCGGUUAUGGAAGAGGAUUAACACCAAUUGAUUACAAAUGGAAAGCCCUUUGGCCAUCUCUUCUCUCUAGAAUUAUCGGUGCUUUAAUUGUAUUAUCUGGUCUACUCCUUUUCGUUCUCGAAAUUGCAUCUCUGGGUCUUCUCGGUAAAAUCGGAAUCACUCCUAGUCUCUAUGGAUGUGCUGUUGGAAUUUGGGCAGGAAUAUUCAUCAUGACAGCUGGUGUCCUCAUUCUUAUGAUCGCAUACAUGAAAUCUGUUCGUUUAUGGGCGUUGAUAGCGUUUUGUGCAACUGUUGCUGCGACUAUUUUUGCUAUCAUUGAUUUUUCGAUCGUUGCUGCAAGAGUUGCUGAUUUAAGAUCAGCAGGUGCGUUUGAUAGUAUUUUCACUGAUGUUAAAAGUGUUGCUGGACUCAACGGAGCACAACUUGCUUUUGGUCUUGUUGCUUUUCUUCUUUGUCUAGCUUUUAUUGGUCUUUAUGUUCACAUCUACAUGAAAAUUAGAAAAUACAGAUAG